AUGAAGCAUCACUUGAUGGUCGGAACAUGGGUCGCCCCUGGGCGUAUCUACACUGUUCAAUUCGACGAUGAGGCUCUCACUUUGGAGCUGGUCAAGAAGACCGAAAUCCCGGAGGCUGAGCCUAUCUCAUGGAUGACCUUCUCUCACGACAAGAAGACUAUCUAUGGUGCUGCCAUGAAGAAGUGGAACAGCUUCGCUGUGAACAGCCCCACCGAUAUUGUUCACCAGGUGUCGCACCCCGUCGCCGGUCACCCUCUUGCCCCCAGCGCCGACACCAACACCCGCGCCAUUUUCGUUCUCGCCGCGCGCCAGGCCCCCUUCAACGUCUACGGAAACCCCUUCUACAAAUAUGCGGGGUACGGUAACGUCUUCUCCGUGAAGCCCGACGGAGCUCUGGAUGUCAAUGUCCAGAACUACGAGUACCAGGAGAACACCGGUAUCCACGGCAUGGUUUUCGACCCCACCGAGACCUACCUGUACUCGGCCGACCUGACUGCCAACAAGAUCUGGACUCACAAGAAGGAUGCUCAGACUGGUCAAUUGGAGCUGGUCGACUGCCUGGAGGCUCCCGCUCCCGGUGACCACCCCCGUUGGGUUGAGAUGCACCACACUGGCAAGUACUUGUACGUGCUGAUGGAGGCUGGCAACCGUCUGGGUGUCUACGUGAUUGAUGAGCGCACCCACAAGCCCGUCUUCACCCACAUUACCUACCCCUUGCUUCCUCCUGGUCUCCCUCCCCGCAACAAGUACCGCGGUGACGUGACCUUCACCACCAAGAGCGGCGAGUACCUGUUCGCUACCACCCGUUCCAACCACUUCGAUGUGACUGGAUACAUCACUGCUUUCAAGCUCGGCCCCUCCGGUGAGAUUGAGCGCCAGCUCUUCAUCAACCCCACCUCUACUAGCGGUGGUCACUCCAACGCUGUUAGCCCUUGUGACUUCAGUGAUGAGUGGGUCGCUAUCUGUGAUGACCAGCUUGGCUUCGUUGAGAUGUACCGCUGGCGCGAUGAGAAGCUUGCCCGUGUGGCGCGUGUAGACAUUCCCGAGCAGGGCUUUGCCAUGAACGCCAUUUGGUAUGAUUAA